UAAACCGUAACUUGAGCGGAAGCAGCAAAAAAACGAAGGAAACGAGCUAUGUAGCACACAGGCUAACUUAGCACGGAGCUAAUGUUGGUUGCCUAGCGGCGCUGAGGUAAAUGUUGAGAUAAAAAGCUCAGACGACCUUUUCAGGCCUGUGAUAGCUCGAGUCUUAACUUUCCAAUCAGUUGCUCGGAGGGACAGGGGCAUUCUUGAACCUGUCAGUUCAGCCAGCCGAAGAGACGGGGAACAGGAUAGGGAAGCAGGGCGAGGCGGGCCCCGCGGAGCCGGUGGAGAAGAUGGCCGGCAGCCCGGAGAAGAGUUCCACCGCGCAGGAGCUGAAGGAGCAGGGGAACCGGCUGUUCCUGUGCCGCAAGUACCAGGAGGCUGCUACAUGCUACAGUAAAGCUAUUAACCGUAAUCCAUCUGUGGCAGUGUACUACACCAACAGGGCUCUCUGCCAUGUGAAGCUGCAGCAGCAUGACAAGGCUCUGGCAGAUUGUAAGCAUGCACUGGAGCUGGACAGCCAGUCAGUGAAGGCCCACUUCUUCUUGGGCCAGUGUCACCUGGAACUGGAGAACUACGAUGAGGCAAUCGGCAACCUGCAGAAAGCUUAUAAUCUGGCGAAAGAACAGAGGCUGAAUUUUGGAGAUGACAUCCCCAGCGCCCUGCGCAUUGCCAAGAAGAAACGCUGGAAUAGCAUCGAGGAGAAGCGCAUCAACCAGGAGAACGAGUUACACGCCUAUCUGACCAAACUCAUACUGGCUGAGAAGGAAAGAGAACUAGAAGAAUACAAAGAGAAACAGGACGACAAUCAAAACGGAGGCGAUGCUGCGAAGAUUGCAUCAAAACACGACAAGUAUCUAAUGGACAUGGAUGAGCUUUUCUCUCAAGUGGACGAGAAAAGAAAAAAACGGGAGAUCCCAGAUUACUUGUGUGGGAAGAUCAGUUUUGAGCUGAUGAGGGAGCCCUGCAUCACACCCAGUGGAAUCACCUACGAUCGCAAGGACAUCGAAGAGCACCUACAGCGAGUGGGCCAUUUUGACCCGGUCACCAGGAGUCCCCUGACCCAGGACCAGCUGAUCCCGAACCUGGCCAUGAAGGAAGUGAUCGAUGCCUUUAUCCAGGAGAACGGCUGGGUGGAGGACUACUAAAUGGACCCCCCUGCCCCACCCACCUCUCAUCUCUCUAUCAUACCCCGAUACUCAACACAAAGCCUGGACAACUUUAAGACUCCAGAGAACAGAUCACCCCUUGCCUGGAUAUGUACUUUAUACAAGCGGGAAAAGCCACACUAUGGACUACCAAAUGGGAGCCAUGUAUCUCGGUCUGCCUCUUCCUCCCCACAUUUUAUCUUUGCUGUAAAACUUCCCGCUCCCAAGCUCCUGAGGAUCGGUGUUCAAGGCCUGCUGCUCCCUUUAAAAACCCCUUCUUCAUUCUGCUCUUUCUAUACUUCCUCUUUCUUUCGGUCAUGCUGUUUCUAGUCUUUGAAGCCUGACUCCUUUCUUUACUCAAAAUAAGGGGCCACAUUCUCAGGUCUCUCUCUCUCUACUCAAUCUCUCUCUCUCUCUCUUUCUCUUGAGUGCCACAAUCCUUGGAAAGCAUCAGCAUUGCACUCCAGUGUUUCACAGAAACCACCAAUAUAAAAAGAAAACGGUGGAUGAAUUUAUUAAGACUUUGGCCUUUUAUUUGGUAUUUACUCCAGUAUUUCUGAGUCAUUUUAUCAUUAAACAUUGGAGCAUUUGCCCACUUCUUAAUGUACAUUUGCUGAAGUGGAACUUAAAAUGCCAAAAAAGCUGUUCUCAACAAGGGCGACUAGUUUGUAUGCAAAGUUUUACAUGAUUAGAAUAAUAAUUGAUAAAUAGACAUAAGGAGACAAGUCCCUUCUUCACCUCCAGGUGGUGCUCCAAACAUACCUACCCAUGUCACCAUACUGUAAGUGAGUAGGUUAUUAGUUGUUGUUUAUUUUUCUUUGCAUAUCAAUCAUACCCCAUUACAGACAAUUUCAAUAAGUUGAAUGUAUGCAUAAUGUACUCUUUAGGUUUAGGCUUGACCUACAGUAAUUCAAAAUGUUUUUUUUAUCAGGACAAUACAAGGUUUUGAUGAAAAGGGGCCUUGAACUGUAAACAGAAAAUGAAUGGAAACGACCGCUGCAUACACACACACACACACACACACACACAAAAGUUUUGUCAUUGCUGCAUAUUAAUUGAAAAUGUCUGAAUUUUGACGUCAGCUGAUAAGGUUGACGCUUAAAAAAAAAAAAAAAAAACUUGCUUUGAAGAUUGGUCUGUGCUGUCUGUGUCGAUCAUAGAAACAAAAAUGCGCUUGGACGUAGUGUUUGGCUCGUGCUGUUCGCCUGGAAUGACGUGGACGCUCACAUCAAGCAUGACGUGAAUUUUCUUUCCCUUUUGCAAAAGGCAAGAUGAUGGCUGUCUUUUUUUUUUUUGCUCACUCUUUAUGCUGUUAAUUUCACGCAUCUUCUCCUCACAGUGUCACCGAUACGAAGAAAGCGGUUGCAACAGCUCCCGUAAACCAAUCAACAGUGUGAAGUUGAAGUUGUCUUACAGGGAUUUUUGAGGAGCGCUAGCAUCACUGUGCCAACCUCCUCCACCUUGUGUUAGAAAUGCUGGAAGAGUUACGACCAUCUUAUCUCAUCCGUACCUCAGUCCGAGUUUUUGCGUGCUGGUUCACUGGCGUUCUUCAGUAAAACACAUUGUCAGUUCAGCGCUAUUAGUUUACAGGUUUUUCCAGCUGAAUGUGUGUCUGUGAUUAAUUAGGCCUGUUGGUGGUUCAUGACGGGGUGCAGGCGGUGUAAAUAAUUUGCUUGUGUAUCUCAGAUUUUAUUUCUUGACAAAAUUAGGGUUGUUUUUCUUCUGGAGAAAUCCUAGAGCUUGACAAACUGUAUUAAAUGUAGAUAUGUUGAUAACAUAAAUGCUUGGUUCAUUUGUCCCCAUUAAACCGUGAACUUUGA